AUGCCCAUUAAGAGGAUAUGUUGUAUAGGGGCGGGGUAUGUUGGGGGUCCGUCGUGUGCUGUUAUAGCCAGUAAAUGUCCUGAUGUCCAGGUGACGGUGGUUGAUCUUAGUGAAGAAAGAAUUAGACAAUGGAAUUCAGAUCAUCUUCCACUGUAUGAGCCUCAGUUAGACGAUGUAGUAAAGUCAUGUCGUGAAAGAAAUCUAUGGUUCUCUACUGAUGUUGACAAGGCUAUUAUAGAAGCUGAGUUAAUCUUUAUCUGUGUUAAUACACCAACUAAAUUAUUUGGUAUUGGGAAGGGUAGAGCAGCAGAUCUAAAGUAUAUAGAAUCAGCAGCAAGAAGAAUAGCUACAGUAGCCAAGAGUUCUAAGAUAGUAGUAGAAAAAUCAACAGUACCAGUCAAAGCUGCUGAGAGUAUCACAAAUAUUCUACAGGCCAACGUCAAACCUGGUGUUAAAUAUCAGGUUUUAUCAAACCCUGAAUUUCUAGCGGAAGGUACGGCAAUAUCAGAUUUAGUUUCUCCCGACCGUGUUCUGAUUGGUGGAGAGAAGACAGAUCAAGGGAGAGAAGCAGUAGAAGCAUUAUGUUGGAUUUAUGAACACUGGAUACCAAAAGAACAAAUCAUAGUCAUGAACACUUGGUCUUCAGAACUCUCUAAAUUGGCAGCUAAUGCUUUCCUAGCCCAGAGAAUCUCCAGUAUUAAUGCUAUAUCAGCUAUAUGUGAGGCAACAGGAGCUGAUGUAUCAGAAGUAGCAGGGGCUAUCGGUACUGACAGUCGUAUCGGCUCCAAAUUCUUAAAGGCUAGUGUAGGAUUUGGUGGAAGUUGUUUUCAGAAAGAUGUAUUAAAUCUAGUCUAUUUAUGUGAAUGUUUGAAUUUACCAGAAGCUGCAGCCUACUGGCAACAGGUAGUAGAUAUUAAUGACUAUCAGAGAAAGAGAUUUGCUUUAAGAAUAGUGGAGAGUUUAUUUAAUACUGUCACAGAUAAAAAUAUCACCAUAUUAGGUUUUGCUUUUAAAAAAGAUACAGGGGAUACCAGGGAGUCGGCUGCCAUUUAUCUGAGUAAAUAUUUAUUGGAUGAAGAGGCUAAAAUUAGAAUUUACGACCCAAAGGUUGAAAAGGAACAAAUGUUGAGAGAGUUAACAUCCCCAAUGAUCUCAGAUAAUCCUGACAGAGUAUCCAAACUAGUAACUAUCUAUGAUGAUGUGUAUGAAGCAGCUAAAGGUAGUCAUGCUCUAGUACUAUGUACAGAAUGGGAUGAAUUUAAGACAUUGGAUUACAAAAGAAUAUACGCCGAUAUGUUAAAACCAGCGUUUAUUUUUGAUGGAAGAAUUAUCCUGGACCAUGAGGCGUUGAUGGAAAUUGGUUUUCACGUAGAGACUAUUGGAAAACGGUUGACACGGAAACCAGUCCAUAGACCUAUAGCACCCUGUACACAAUGA